AUGGCCCUGCCGAUCUCAUCCUCCCAGCGGUCCGGACAUAUCGUUUCCCUAGAGGGCCCCUCGGAACUUGUCUCGACUCAGUUACGUCUUCUCCCGACUUCCCGCCACAUUCUCGUGCUCCCUCCUCUUCAACACUACCUAGUGGACACCAGACACGGGGAUCACCAAGAUCACCAGAAUCACGCGGGUCACUCCAAGACAACGUUCAGCCCUCGCGAGCUGAUUCACCAGUAUCACGCGGCGUACCAGGCUCGACACGCCGAGGCUUUGGACUUCUUGCGGCCUACCUCGUUGCCGACUUACACGACCGAGGGGUCGAUUACCAAACUUGUCAUUCUCCACGGCGGUGCUCUGUCGGCACGGCUGACUUGCCUCUCGGCCAUCAUGGAACACGAACCCGGGACUCAGGUCGAGGAGGCCCACGCCACCCAGGACAGGAUCACGGAACAGCCGACCACUGACGAGGCAAGCAGCUUCCGAAAUAGCUGGGGAAGGGGCAAUACUAUGGCACUUCGCGAGGACGAGAGCACUCAGUCUCGAGCCAAAAUCCGUUCCUCGAUCAAUGACCGCAUCAUCCGCGCCAUGCGAGCGGCCGAGGCUCUCGACAAGGAAACCGAAUUCUUGCAACCACGCACCCCGGACGUGGAGCUCACUGUAAAGCUGGUCGACAUCCCGCCCCCACCAUCUCGGAGACGGCCGAGCCAACCGUUCGCAGUUGGAUCACCCCCGGCCUCGACCUCAGCCUCAGCCUCCACCCCGGCCUCCGAAACUUCUCGGAGUUCCUCUUCUGCGUCAGGCACAGCGCACUCUUCCCCGUCAGGCUCACGCCGGCCAUCGCUCAAGCUGCACAUCCCAUCAUCGUCGGUACCGUGGGCUGGUGACGCCGCAGCUGGUGGGGGACUGCCGGUAGUGUAUGAGGCACGGGGGCAAGCCGCGCCUUCGGUUAUUCAUAGGAGAUCAAGGACUGUCGAGUCGAAUAUUUCGCCAACGCAGGGGCCGGUGCGUGGGAGGGGCGGUGAAGAGGUACCACCGGCUCGGAUUGGCCCGCUGCCUGAAGAAGAGGAGACUGGAAAUGACGAGGCAUCACACCCAACAGAGGCAAAGCCACCAAUCUCGUCGACGAGAUCGCCGUUUGGAUCUGUGCUUCCACUGCUCGAGGACCUGGUCGUGUUCUUUACCCCUGAAACCCCUGACGACCUGCACAACUUUGUGUUCAACCGGCUGAACGAUGGGAGCCGGAGGCCGUCAGUGCCGGGUUCGUGGGAGUCGGACUUCGACUCAUUUCAAAUUCGGAGUCGGUCGAGGUCCCGGGUGCAAGAUGUACAGGAAGGUGAGCAGGGCGAACAAGGCGAUCUGGGUCGGGCCGCGGACGCCAUGACACCGUGGGCGCGCAAGGACUUGGUCCACGGUCUGCCCACGCCCAAUCACUCGCCCUACCCCCCCAACUCAUCGUCAUCGUCCAUUCGGAGCAUCUCCUCGAGUGAGACGCGCCUGUACAGCAUCAGCGUGGACCAGGAGACUGCUCUGUCCAUCCAGAACUUUCUGCGGUCCUUCCUGGGGUCACAGUUCCCCUUGGCUGACCGCCGGUUCUCGGCUGCGAGCGGGAUCGAGGUGCCAACCAAUGGAGAAGGGGGUCUGUGGAGGCCGCUGGACGUUGAGGGGAAACAGAAGCAGGUGGCCGCUGGGGCUGCGCCCCAGGAAGGAGGCGAGAGAAGGUUGGAUUUGAUCAUGGCGGUUGGGUCGGAGAGCGGCGUGACCAAGACACGGCUGGCAGAAGUCAUGGGGCAGAUCGAGAAGCUGGGGUUCAAGUCGAGCGGGCUGUCGCGGAGUGGACGGUUGGAUAUUCGGUAUCUCAUUGCCAACGCAAUGCAGGCAUUCACGGCCCAGCCCCUGACCAAGCAGGUCCACAGCAACCCUUUCGCAGACCGCGCGCUGCUGGCCGCGCUCAUCAUCCCACAUCUCGAGACGUACCUCGCGGCGCACCCAGAUGUCCGCCUUCUGCUGCUCGAGUACCCGCCCGAACAUUUACCCACCGUUCUCGCGCUACAGACACUCAUCGGCAGCGAGCUGAUGAGGGUCGUGGGCAUUAUCAACAACGACGAGUCAGCCCCGGCGCAGCAGUCUUUGGCGAUCCCCGAGCCGAGCCGCCGGCCGAGCGAGGGCUUCCGAUCGCUCAACAACAGCCGCAACGGCUCGCUCAGGCCGGGCGCGUUUUCCGGGCCCUUCUCGUUCUCGAAUGCCAAUUUCCUGCUAACCUCAUCGGCGACUGGGUUUGAGACGGCCAGCUUCGUGGCGGCGGUCCGGGAAAACCUGAUAUCCAUUUCGGACUACUAUAUCCCGGAGUGCCCGGCAUAUGAUGCACCUGUGCCGCAAGCUCCGGAGAGGGAAGCCGCAGAUAUUCCCAGAACAAGGUCGCAAUCACCCCCUCGCGAUCCAUCGCAGGAGACAUCGCCUCGCCCGUCAACACCGCCGCAAAAGCAAAAGGAGGCAUCUCACAUGCCAACCUCCACCCUCGUCAUCACCCCACCAACUUCACCCACGGCGUCAUCCGUGUACUCGCAGUCCUCCAUAUCCACGAAACCCGUUGACAAACCCCCACAAGCUGCCCAACCGGUCCUGGCCACGCCAGCGCCACAACUCGGAUUUCCGCCACGGUCUUCCUCCGUCUCAGUAACCAGUCCGCCCAGCUGGGGCCGCAUCAUCCACCCACUCCGAUGCGAAAGCUUGCCGGCCAAGGGCCGCGUGCAAUGGGGCGAGAUCAACUACACGCCUCUUGGUUUGCCCAACAGCGCCACCACCACCGUCACAAACAGCAGCAGCAGCACCACCCUCGUCAACCCCAAACCCACUCACAACAUCAUUUCCCCCAACACCGCUUCCACCACGGCCACAAAUACCAACAACCCAUUCACCCUCACACCUCACACCGCCCACCUCCACAGCAACACAGGCUCUGCGAACAACGCUGCCGCCGGUGGCUUCGACGAUAACUUUGUCGACGAGGACUAUCUGGACGAUGAUGAUGAGGACGACGACGAGGAAAUGCGUCGGCUGAUGCCGUUGUUUAUGAAGACGCGGGCUGAGAUUGAGAGGGGACGGAGUAGCAAGGCUAUGAAGUGGUUGGGGUUGGCUUAG